UUGAUGUGUGUUGCUUUGGUUAUAGGUUAAUUAUAAUGUAAUCCACAGAUGGUUAUUAGAAUGCUUUUCUUUAGGUAUUUUUAUUUACCUCAUCAAAAGCAAUGGUUUCAUAUUAGUGCCAACUUCUAUUUUAGAUGCUUUUUGGAAUUGGGCUUUGAGGUCCCAUUCCAAUAUUUCCCAAUGGCUCUUUGCUUGUCUCACUGUGCCAAUAGACUGUUAAAUCUCAUCAUCUUACGAUUUAGCUGCAUGUCUCUCUUUUAGGAUAUUUUAACACUUAUCGGAAUUCCAAGCAUAUGUACUAGAUUGAAUUUAGUUGAUGCUUGGUUAGUGAAUGUGUUUUGGCUCCUGCAAAGCAUCAUCUACUCCAAAAUGUUCAUGGUUCUAUGAUCAAGUUAUAUAAGAUUUAGUAGGCAUCCCGCUGGUCAUAAGACCAUAUAUUGAAUGAUUAUUUACAUUCUACCUGAUGUGCUAAGAGAAGCUUUUUGCUCAAAGUUUUCAAGUUAGAUUUGCAUGCUAUUAAAACCUAGACUAGAAAUGACUAGAAAUGGUUAAGGGGAGGAUGAAAUCAUAACUUUGUAAGAGUGCAGAUACCCACCUCUCUACAAGAAAUUGGCAACAUUUCAACUCAGAAAGAGAGGUGGAUCUCUCGAGCACCAUGGACCUUUCCGCGGGUUUUGGGCGGAAGCUAGCUAUUGUCAGUCGUAUAUAUAUGAAAUGGUCGUCCAACCAUACCAUCAAUCCUAUUCGUUAGAAAUGGACUUAUAAGGUGAAACUUGGAAACAAGUCCUUGAAUUUUAGCUUUGGAUUUCUUCUGUAAGAAGACGAAUUUAUAAACCGAUUGGGCUUGUGAUAUAUUCAGACCCAAUAUUGGUCUCAACCUUUUCAAAGCUUUAGAGUGGAAAUUCAGAGUUUCAAAUUGGAAUAUUGAGAUUUUCAAAAGUUUAGACAGAUUAGAAUAUUCAAAAAAAAAAAAUUUGGCUGCAAUUGGCCAUCUAGGUAGAUAUCAUUAUAUUUUCAAUGUUACCUUCGAUGGUAUCUGUAUUUUGUGGUGACUUUACUCUCAAAUGGUCGUUCUAUCGCAACACGCAAAAAUCUUGUUGUUGUAAUGGGUCUGUGCGAUAUGCAUCACAUUUGGGGUUUGCCGGGGAGUGGCAAAAAUAUCACCCCUCGACGGCCCCCUGCACCACUUGUUUGUAACUGGUAAGGUUGAACAACAAGAUAGAUUGUUUUUCUCCUCCUGAUUGAACUAAUCGACAGUUUAUAGUAAUAACGCUGCCAUAACAAGAAUCUAUUUAGAUUCUGGUUUCUGUACGUUAGGUUAAAGUGUUAUUCUCCUUCAAAUUUGCCUUAUAUUGAGGUUAGAGACCCACUCAACACUUAUAUUUCCUUUAACUGUUUGCUUCAAGAAAAAACAGGAUCUAAAUGUGAAACUAACUACAUUUGAGGAAAUUACAUUUCUGAGAAAGAAGAAUUGUAAAAAUCUGUAGGUUGCAUUAGCUGGUUCUUAAUGCUACAGCAAUCCUCUUCUAUUAAUUUGGCGUUUUUUUCCUCAUCUUCUAUUCUCUACCUCACAUCAGAGGGGCUAUGCCACGUUGUGGGAUAGUAUCCGACCGGCCAGUCAUAUGAAUCCUCAUCAGAUAACCCAUUUCGCCACCCAUUCACCCAACCAUCCUUAUGAUCACAUGUCCUUCCUCAAACUCAAACCACACAAAUCAAACCUUAUCAUAGUAUUAAAAGCCAACCACUCUCUCUCUUUUCCCUUUGAUUUCCCUCACUGCGACUCAGAACACAUAUCUAUUCAAGAAGCCCUGCACAAUGGCCACUGUCACUUCCGCAGCUCUUGCUAUCCCAUCUUUCACUAGCCUCAAGGCUGGUGCAACCGCAGCUAAAGUUAGUGCCACAGCCAAGGUUGCAACCUCUGCAGUCCCAAGGGUCAGCAUCAAGGCCUCUCUCAAAGAUUUGGGUGUUGCUGUGGCCGCAACUGCUGCAAGCGCAAUUCUUGCCAGCAAUGCCUUGGCCAUUGAAGUCAAGCUUGGUGGUGAUGAUGGGUCUUUGGCUUUUGUUCCCAGCGAAUUCAGCGUAAGUUCUGGAGAAAAGAUUGUCUUUAAGAAUAAUGCCGGCUUCCCACACAAUGUUGUCUUCGAUGAGGACGAAAUUCCAGGCGGUGUCGACGCCUCGAAAAUCUCUAUGUCUGAUGAAGACCUACUCAAUGCCCCAGGAGAAAUUUACGCUGUUACCUUGACUGAGAAAGGAAGUUACAGUUUCUACUGCUCUCCUCACCAGGGUGCUGGUAUGGUUGGAAAAGUGACCGUUAACUAAGUUAUUUGGAACAGUUCGUGUACCUGCCAUCUCGUACAUGUCUUCUAAUUUUUGAGUAGUAGAGUUUGAGUAAUGGGGAUGAGAAAAUGUAUGAGGUAAACAUGAAAAAGUGUGAUGCUUUUAUAUCUUAAUAUCUUUCAUUUGCUUUGAAUGUGUAGAUUUGGUUGCAGCCUGAUUUUAAGUUUUCAUUUAAUUUGAUGUUAAUUUUCCUUGAGAAAGACAAUCUCAAUAAUCUCACCCUCAACAAGUUGUUUUAGCUUUGGCACCCCAAAAGAAAGAGAAAAGAAAAACAGAGAUAAUAGGCAUUUGGAAGUGCCAUGGGAUCAGUAGAAGAAUA